UCGAAACGUACGGUGGGCGCGUGUUCUUACGUUGACCAUGCACGUUCCACUCGUGUGCGUGGUCACCUGCGGCCUCCGCAUGGCCUCAACCUAACGUUUGACGGUCUUAAUUGGUUCGCGCGCUAGCAUGCCUCUGAGAGCAUUCCAGGCAUAGCGCCUCAAUUUGCAAAGCGUGAAGCCCCCGGCCAGAGAGCGAAUUGAUUCUCUUCUAACUACACAACCCACUAAACCCACCUAAAUCUCUACCAUUUUCUGUUUUUAUGGCAGAUUUUUCUGCAGAUAAACUAGGCUUACAGCUUAUAGCACAGCCCAGCAACAUGUGGAAGAAUCGGAGCAGAGUUGAAACAGAGGAUCUAUACCUCGGGGCGAAGGACGACUGGGCCACUCCCAGUGGAGGUCAACAGCCACGAAACAAGUGUACUGUUCAUUCCACAGUUACUUCACGAGCUAACAACAUGUCCACAGACACGCUUCCAGUGUUUGCUAUCGUGAACACUAGCAUUUCACCAGUCAAGUCAGAGAGAGCAUCUUCUGACGUGGAAACACCAUCUCCUUCAGUGUCACCCAACUCCCCGAGCUCAACUAACCCUAUCAUGCGAGAAGUCGUUUCCGUCCCACAGUCGUCUCCCGUGAAGCAAGUGGGUACGAUGAGUUGGAACUACAGUGACUUCAUGCGAAGUUUGGCCGCGAAGUACAAGAGUGGUCGGGACAGCCAAACUAAUGGAUCGGUCGAGCCAUACAAGAGUUCUGCAGUGUCCCUCUUUCCUCGCACCACAGACGAUGGAGUUCUUCAAGACACGAAGAUCUGUACUCCCUAUGCCAGUACAGGCGACUUUGCAUCGUCAAAAACCCUUUUACAUUUGGUACGGACUGUUAGUGCACAAAGUGCUUCCCAAUUAGAGAACUAUCUGAGAAGAGCGAACAAAAACCCGCUUGAGGAAGGGCAAGAUGAUAGUUCUGAUCCCUUGGACCUUAGCACAGGUCAACUAAAACGACCCCGUGUAGGCAGUCCAAAAGAUUCUUUACAACGGCCUUUAUCACAAGUAGAAUCAGUUCUACAACCAAUUAUCAAUACUCGUACUAGUAAUUUUGUGGAAAAAACCAAUGAUCUGCUCAGGGCUUCUCCAAACUCAUCGAUCAGAAGAGUACCUAGUUGGGUGACCCUAAUGAAUAGACAAGGCUCUAGCCCUGAUCGUGUUUCUCCAGCAAAUGGGAAUCUUGUUAGAAACUCCGUGAAUGGGCGAUGUCUAUCCUUAUGUAUAGAUCACUCUUGUUCCAACAGGUCAGAAGCUAGUGAUAUUAGCAGAUGGACGGUGGAUGACGUAGUAGCCUUUGUCUUAUCAUUAGAAUCAUGCACAGAGUACAGUGAGAAGUUCAAGGAACAAUCCAUAGAUGGUGCUAGUUUAUCACUGUUGACUGAAGAACAUUUGACCACUUUCUUAGGGAUGAAGCUGGGUCCAGCGUUAAAACUCCGAGCCAGCUUGGCCAGACGUAUUGGUCAUUGCACCGUUUGCAUGCACUGUAUACACUGCCAUUCUGCUGACCAGUACGACAAGUUCAGCGAAACGUAACACUGACAACUUGUAGUUGAUCAUCACAUUUUGAAAAAUUUCCCUCUGCCAUUGAAAAUUAAUAACGUACAAGCACCUAGAGUGAAGAAAGUUUUGAGAAACAAACCUCCAUCCUUAAACACAUCAGACAGUAAUUGCAUGAUAAUUUAUAAUAAGUGACCAACAAGAUAAACGAAAUUUUGUUUCUUGUAAACUAUAAAAUGAUCAUAUAUAAACGAUUAUGUGACAAAAUUACAACAAAGUGAUCUACAGUACAAGCAUGUAGAGGAUAUUAUCAUGUUUCUCACUACCAGUUUCUUUCAACAGAACUGUAGCAACUACGUGUUCUCAACUUAUCCUUAACUAGGACAUAGGAUGCGCAACGUACUUCAUGUUCCUUCACGUUUCUCAUAUGUAUUUGUAAUUCGUCAGUGUCGUUGCAAACAAAUAUUUGAAUAAUCUUGAACUUCGCAAUAUCUUAAAACUAAUUUCUGGUUGUCCUAUUUUAUUUCAAAUGAAUAAUUCAUCACUACUCACUGGCAUGACAUAAAUACAUCUGUAAGAUUGUUGCGAUUUGGUCAUGCUUGUUAUAAAAUUGUUGCGAU